AUGACAGAAGCUUUUCAGAUCACGCUGUGCCGUAUGCAUGAGUCGCCUGUCCCUGCGCAGCACCAGUAUGUGCUGUGCAGGGUCGACAGGUCUCAUGACAUCGGGUUUUACAUUCACUUAUUGGAGUGGAACAAUACAGAGGCCUUGCUUCCUGCUAGUUCUAUUGCCCAGCGUCGCAUAAAAAAUAUCAAUAGCUACCUUCGUCCUGGGCAGGAGAUCACUCUGGAGGUUGCUCGCAUCGACGUUGACCGAGGGUACAUAGAUUUGGACGAGAGAUCAGUAACACCUCAGGACAAGGAAGACUGCAAGAUGGAGUUUUAUCGCAACAAUACUAUUCACACAUUGAUGCGUCACCUAGCGCUGCUCUUUAAAAUACCCAAGCUCAUCAUUCUUUAUAAAGUCUUGGGCUGGCCCACUGCGGCUUUAGACGAGGAGCAAUCUGUAUAUAACGCUUUUAGAUGUGCAGUGACUUCGUUCGAUAGGGUUUUCAAGCAAAUUCUGGACGAUUACUAUGAGCACGGCUACAUUGCAAAAGAGGGAGAUUAUGACUUAUCCCACGGCUUGGUUACCAUGGAAGAGCUGAAUGCUAUUAAGAAUACCGUCCCUCGUGCUGCUCUGGAGAAGCAGUUAAAAGACCAACUGAACACGCGCCUCCGUGAGCGACCUGUCAAACUCUCCUGUGACAUCAGUGUUACCAUCUGCCGCGGGAUCUUGGGAAUCGAGACUAUUAAAGAUGCUUUACGGGAGGGGCUUAAAUACGCUGCAGAGCAUCCGCUCACUACCAGCGAAGACGCCACUCAGACGGCCGACGAGCAGCCGCUUACCAUCAAGAUGCAUGUUGCGCCCAUUUACACUAUCUCUGUGCAGACCAUAUACCAGAAGGAAGCAAAGGAAUUAAUUAGCUCCGUGUGCAAGGUGAUCGAAGCCAACAUUGUUGCUGCUGGCGGAAGGUUUUCCAUAGAAAAAGAGGCAACCAUCGUCACCUCGGACAAGACUGACAAGUAA